AUGAAAACUCGUAGUGCACUGAGCGAGGCGCCAAAUAUCGCGGCCAUUGUUAAGGCCCGUCACCAUGCCCGUGUCAUGAGUCCUACGAAUGAAUCACUUCAGUGCACAGCGAAUAGCUGUUCUGGUGACCCGUCAGAUCAAUCUUGUAUGCCAUCUGCCAUGUCCAGCCUGACCAAUUCGGCACCUGUGACAGGCCAGGUUGGGUCAGAAGAUGCGAAAUUUACGUCUGAUGAUAAAGUGAAGACACGCUCAGAUGGAACGCGAGGCACCUGGAAUCCUGAUGACCGUCGACUAUUUUUUCAGGCGGUGCGUUUGUACGGUCGAAAUUUCACAGAGAUUACCAAGUUUAUCCGAUCCCGAGGACACCGCACAACCACAGACACAACUAAUGUUACUUCUAAUACAACCACGGACUGCAAUCCGACAACUGGAGGUUCAGCUCCUUCAGCCUCGUAUCAAACUGUCUUCCCAGGUUUUUCGUCGACCUCCGCCACAACCAAUUUGUCCGGUCAGUCUGGUUCUGCCUCUUCGGGUUCGUCUGCGAAUCCCACUACCACUCACUGUGGUGGACAGUCGGACCUGAACGACCCGUGUGGAGGAAGGACGCGUGAACAGGUUCGUUUCUUCUAUCAACAAACAUGGCAUAAAGUCAGGCGCUAUAUAAAGUUUUCCGAAGCUGUACCACAGCACGUGCGUGAGGUUUAUGCCAUUGUCAACUACUCGGUUAUUCGAACACGGAUAAAAAAACGUGAGUUUAUGAUUGUUGUAGCACCAACUUAUGAAUUUCUCUUGCCCGAAGAUGUCUGGAUCGAACUUGUGCCUGCUUCGCAAGUUGACUUGUGGCGUGUUUUGGAGGCUGAACAGAAUCCACGAUUACGACUUCGGGUGGAUAUCAAUCGUCAGCUCUCUGAUCUCAUCCAACUGGUUGAAACGAAGUGGCAGCUUGCCACGGAACGUAUGAAAACUUUACUUGGUCUUCCUGCGGCACACAACUGUCCUAUGCCACGGUUGCUCAUACGGACCUCACCAAGCCAAACUAUCGAUGGAGCUAUUCGUCUACAUGAAGUAGCGAGAAUUCGUUCGGGAGAUAUCGCCCUCCGUUCUUAUUUGGAACGACGAAACACAACAGACACCAAUGCCGCUGGUCCCAUGACUUCAAACUCGAAUGCGGCGUUACCCUUAUCAGCAGAAUCCAAUUACACAUCAGAGCUCUCAGUUGGAUCUAGUGAUUCCGUUCGUGGAGCCAAUGAAGGUGUCGAUUAUAAUGAUUGCCCUUCUUCUAUUGCUGUUGCAUCCCCGCUACCAUCCACUUCUGUUGCCGGGAGCGGUGGCGGCAGCAGUGCUGCUGCACAACAAAGUUCGUCAUCUACAGCAGCGUCUGAAUUGGAUCUGCGUGAAACUGGGAGGCAGCUGUCACAAGGUGUCAGCUUUGAGGCAGCGCGUGGAAUCAAGGUUCUUACUCUGUUUCUCGCACUCGGUUGCCCGGAACGGAUUCGAUUCGAGUAUUUAUUCACAACCGAAAAGUCCACCUGUCCAAAGUCCAAUCCAGGCCCUUCCUGUCACAGUGGGUUCCUCUACUAUCAGCCGGGCGAUCCAGAAGGCCAUGGCAUCGGCAACGGACUCCGCCGUUUGUUACAUCUGAAUGCCAGUGACUAUCUUCUUCAUAGAGACUGGCUGGCACCAAUUACUGCUGUUGAACGACAAUUGGAUCACCAGCGAACUCCAGACGCACCACGCACAUGCCCGAUUAGCACCACUCCAAGCGCCAAAAUGCCCAUUCCACGCCUGACUCCUCUUGCACCUCGACCGGACGCGACACCGACAAUUACACCGAGGAAAUCGCCCGUAACAAUCGUACCGCGUCAUACUAUCACUUCCUCGCCUGUAACAUCCGCAUCAAAACAGUCCUCACUGAAUGCCAUGAAAGCGUACAAUACUCGUCGGAGAACAUCCACACUUGGCCGCGGCAGUCAUUCCUCUCAUAAAUCUGGCCGUUCAUCCAACAUAUUUCCGCUCAGUUUGCCCUCUCUUACACCAUCCACUCCCACAUUGACAACAGUACCCAUUUCAAAACCUGUGAUACCCGCAUCUCAAUCAACGGAGAUUGAGUUCAAGACUGCUGUUCCGAGUGUUGCAUCAACAGCCAUCUCUGCCUGUGGUUCUUCUUUCAUCCCCGGAGUGACAUUCACAGCAGCUACAGUCACCACACCUUUAGGCACAUCUUUGAAUCCAAACUGUUCGUUCGUCAGUCUGGAUGGUGACCUCAGCCUUGGUCCACUUCUUGAACACAACGGAACCAAUCAGUCUUCAAUGUCUGCAUUUAGCAAUGACACACUUGUAUCCCUUUUGAAUACUAUCUACCAUCCUUCCUCCACCACCGACUUUGUGGCUCCACAAGAAUUACGGACCGACUCGGGAAGCCUGCCCGGCCUGAGCGCAGUUACUAUCCUUGCCGAUGCGGUGCCGGUUGAAAAGACGGAGGAAUUCAACCAAGGGAACAACCGACCGUUGAACGAGAUAACUUCUUACAAGCGUGAGGAGACUGCAGAAACACCCGGAGACAGUAAUUGGAGCGAUUUUCAAUACUUGCACAAAUAUGGUCCUUCCGCAUCUACACCGCAUAUCCCUUCGGAAUCUCCAGCCUUUGGGGACAUUUCCUUGACCGAUUCCAUGGCCGCCGCCGUAAUGGACACGCAUCAUGCGGAACUGGACACACAAGACCUCGACCCGAAUUUGCUGGAGCAAUCCUACAAUCACGAAACACCGGCGGAGUUUGGUGACGCACGUGUUCCUCAUCACGUCUUGCCCACUCCAACGGAACCGCGAACAACCCAGCCAACGGGUUAUGUUUCGGAUUCCGAGGUAUUUUUGCGGAUGCUCGUCCCACCGAACGCCACCACUCAUGCAGACCAGUCGGGUACUGUAGAUUUGAACUCCUUGUUGCAGUCUGUGGUUUCGUCUUCCACGCAACCUCCAGUUUACGAAUGCACCCAAACCAAAUUUGCACUCCAUCGACAAUAACGGACAGCGCUUCGUCUUCUCCUUGUACAUAACAUCAAUGGUAUCCUCUUGUGAAUGACAUGAACAUGUAUAUAUCUACAUACAAUAUUCUAUUUUUUUUUGUUAUACCAUCUCCCAUCAUUACGCAGUCCUCAAAUUUAAUGCACACUUUGUCAUUCUGACCUCAUUCCUGUGCUGAUACAGCUUGCUGAUGCAAGGCGUACAUCGGAUACUAUUGAAAGACGACCUGUG